AUUUUUAAGCUUUACAGGUCGGUCAGUCUAUCACUAUCAGGCCACCUAGUGAGCUGGAGAAGAAAGGAACAGCAAACUCAAAGAUGAACCAAAAAAAGUUCGAGACUUCUUGAUGGCGCAAUGACCACAAGGACCAGCGUUCGAAUCUUCAAAAGGGAAAUAUAAAAAUUGAUUCUUGUUUUCUCGAGUAUCUACCACCUCGAGAUCUGAAAAUCUGAUUCUACCUUUUCGUUUUCAUCCUCAAAAGUCGUGGCUUUGAGAAUAGUUUUUUCCUCUUCUUCUCUCGGUUUUCUAGUUGACUCAUUUUCAAGAUCUGGGCAUCUGUCAUUUCUUUAAUACUAAAAGCUUUCUUCUUUCUUUCCUUUUUUAUUUAUCCCUUUUGUUUUCUGCUGCUGCUUGCUCGUAGUAGGUAUAAUUUUGGGUGGCCUUACUUGCUUUUCAGCAAAAGCUGGGAGUUUGAGAUUUCUUCUUCCCUCUCUCUCUCUCUCUCUCUCUCUCGUCUUUGGGAUCUGCGCAUUUCUCAGAGGUUAUAUGGGUCAUGGGACUCUCGAAAGCAUGAUGCUUUUUGUUGUCUCACUUGUAAUUUGUUAGGGAUUUUGUUGCUGAAGACUAAGCAAUGUCUGUAGAAUCAUGGUUCAGGAUUCAGAAGACUACUACUACUAGCUCAUGAGUUCAUUGGUACUUGGAAUCAAGAUGAUUGAUCAGUUCAUCAACUUUGUAAUUCGACCUCCUAGGGCUGAGUAUGAUCCUGAUCAGUAUUUGUGGGAGAAGGAGUUUAGCCUCGGUGGCACAGAGUGUAAAAGACAAGACUUGGAGCUUACAAAUUCGAGGGGUCACACCUUGCGUUGCAGUCAUUAUGUUCCCUCAUCUUCUCUGGAGGAUACUCCUCUCCCCUGUGUUAUAUACUGUCAUGGCAAUAGUGGAUGUAGAGCAGACGCAAAUGAGGCAGUUAUGGUUCUUCUUCCAUCUAACAUUACUGUUUUCACCCUUGACUUCUCGGGGUCAGGCUUAUCUGAGGGUGAUUAUGUAAGCCUUGGCUGGCAUGAGAAGGAUGAUCUCAAGACUGUGGUAUCUUACCUUAGAAACAGCGAUCAAGUAUCGCGUAUUGGACUUUGGGGACGAUCUAUGGGUGCAGUUACCAGCCUUCUUUAUGGAGCAGAAGAUCCUUCAAUUGCUGGAAUGGUCUUAGACAGUGCAUUUUCAAACUUAUUUGAUCUGAUGAUGGAACUAGUGGAUGUCUACAAAAUCCGACUACCGAAAUUCACAGUUAAAGUGGCUGUGCAGUACAUGCGGCGUAUAAUUCAGAAAAAGGCGAAGUUUAAUAUUAUGGAUCUCAAUUGUGUUAAGGUUUCACCCAAGACUUUUAUUCCAGCUUUAUUUGGGCAUGCAAGCGAAGACAAAUUCAUCCAACCUCAUCACUCUGACCUCAUUCUGAAGUGCUAUGCGGGAGACAAAAAUAUCAUCAAGUUUGAUGGCGAUCACAAUUCUUCGCGGCCGCAAUCUUUUUAUGAUUCAGUGUUAAUAUUCUUCUACAAUGUUCUUCGCCCGCCUCCAAUUUCUUCAGCUUGCUCAUCUAAACUUGAAAGUUAUUACAGUUUGGGAGAUGUCAAUAGCGCUACUGGUUUGGAUGAGAGUUUUCUGUAUGAGAUCAUAUCUGGUCUUCGUUCGGCAUGUAUCGAUGUUGCAAGUUCUUCUUCUGCACCUCCUGCCCCUCUAACCACAAAGCCAACGACUGAGCUCCUUUCAGAAGCCAUGCCCAUGACAGAUAAGGAUGACGUGCCUGUGGAAGAUAAUGAUCACAACAUGGACGACCCUGAAAACUUCGAGGGGAGGCCUGUUGAUCAGUUUGAAGAUGGAUGUUCAUUUACAAGCUCCAACAGGGAAAGCUGGGGCAGAUGCUCUUCACUAGGAGGCACUGAAGAAGAUGAAAGUUUGACCGCUUGCGAGGGUGAUCAGGUCGAGAAAACUGCUGAUAUAAACACGGAACAAAAGCCAAGAGAUUCUAGUAGAGAAGAAGAAGAAGAUAGUAAGGAGAAGAAAAUUAAGAAUGGAGGUGAAACAGACGCCAAGAAGCCUAGACACGAAAAAUUGGAAAGAUUGGAGGCUUUUAGCAAAAGACUGCGGCAUCGCAUCCUAAAGCGAGUAAACCAUAGAAGACACCGUUCACCUUGACGAAAGUUCAACAAAUCGCUCUAAUUGUUGUAUAUCUCUGCAUUUCAUUAUGUACACUUCUCCUUCGACUUGGCAAAUGGAAUCACACGUAGCCAUUACCACUUUUAACCUCAAUCAUAUCCUUACUAGUUACUACU